UUGCAGUUUUUUUCUUUCUUUUUUAUCCCAAACAUAAUAAUAAUAAUAAUAAUAAUAAUAAUAAUACAUUAUUUCUUUAUUUUGGUUAUGCAAAUCGGAUUGGAGAGAUGUUUGGACAUGUGUACUCCCAAGAUAUAUUUGUCUUCGCUGCUUUCCCCGCCGUACACGUGGCAGAAUCCUAUCAGACUUCCUGUCUCUUCCUUGGACCCCAUCCUCCAUCCUUUUUUUAUUAUUAAUUAAUCGGGGAGAGGGGGCUUCAAAGAGAAUGGUGAGGAGUGGUCGCAAUCAGGCACUGUGGGUCAAUCUUUGCUGUUUUUGGGAAGAUCUUGAGGUGGACCCCACAUUUAACACGUGUAUGGCCUACCCCCUUUCCCUUCCUUUCUCUCUCCACUCACACUCUUUAUUCUCUCACCUCGCAUUUAAUUAACUUAUUUCCUUCUCUUUUCUUUCUUUUUCUGUAUUUUUUUUUUACUCCAAUUAAUUUACAUAAGGGAUGAAAUUGUAUCAUUUCUUACCACUUUCCUCCCCUCCUCUCUCUCCCCUACUACUCAGAGACUGCAAUUCUGCAGCCUUUCCUUUCGUCCACUCACUUUAACCCCCAUCCAUUGCCCUUUUACUAACCCCCAUCCAUUGCCCUUUUACAAACCCCCAUCCAUUGCCCUUUUACUAACCCCCAUCCAUUGCCCUUUUACUAACCCUUUACAAUUAUAUCAGAGAACACUCUUCACUGCUUCACUCUUUCUCUCUCUCUGACUCUGUUUUUCCCGACAUCAACCACUUCCUUCCCUCUUUUGGUAUAAAUUCCCCCAACCCCAUCUCCCUCUCUUCCUUCUCUCACCAACCCACCAAUCCUCUCCUCCUCUUUUCCUUCUCUACCCCUUCCACUUCUGCACCCACUCCUAAAAUGGAGAUGGAGAUCUGCGCCAACUUGAUGGGACACUCCAAUCCCACCAGAGACCAAACUCCCAACGCCACUAAUCUUUCUUGCCCCAAUAACAUCUGGGACUUCAAUUCCUCCCGCUUCGACUUGGAUUGGGCCACUGCCAACUCUCUCUGCCCCGACACCACCCGAUCCCAACCCAUGUCCGCCCACGCCCUCUGGCUCCACCCACAUGACGCGGACGCCCGCCACCACCAGUUUCUCUAUGCUGCCGAUCACCAGCGCGCCCAUUUCCACCCAGACCCCCACCUCAUGUGUUUGAAGCUCGGCAAGAGGCACUACUUCGAGGACGCCACUGCGCCGUCCGUCGUGGGAGGCUUCGCCACGGUGGGGAAGAGAGGGAAGGCUUUAUACGGUGGAGAUGGAGGGCCUUAUGGCCCAGUUCCGACGACCGUACCCCGGUGCCAAGUGGAGGGAUGCCAUGUGGCGCUGGUGAACGCGAAGGACUACCACCGUAGGCAUAGAGUGUGCGAGAUGCACUCGAAGGCUCCAAAAGUUGUGGUUGUAGGCUUAGAGCAGAGGUUCUGUCAGCAGUGUAGCAGGUUCCAUGUGAUUUCAGAGUUUGAUGACUCAAAGAGGAGCUGUAGGAGGAGAUUGGCAGGGCACAAUGAGAGGAGAAGAAAGAGUUCUCAUGAAUCUGUGGCGGCAAGGAACUGCACCCAAGAAAACAAGCCUAUGACAGGUAGCAUUGCAUACAUACCAUCGCCGACGGGACGUGCUCUCUCUCUUCUGUCAUCGAAGAAAGAAACAUGGGCGACCUCAUCGGAGCUGUCGCUGAGGUCGAGUGCAGCACUCCGAGAACUGAUAGCGGAGAAUCGCGCCGCCAUUCUCGCUCGUCAGCUGAUUCUGGACAGAGAUUGGCACUUGAACCACGCGGCGGCGACGGAUGACUUCGGAGGAGGCGGCGGCGGCGUUGGAUUCCAUCAGCAGCAGGGGUUGUAUUGCGAGCAGCAGCAGCAGCAACAGAGCUGGGAGGGGAUGAAUGAAAAUGGCGGUGCGCACGUGACGCUGGACCUGAUGCAGGCGCCGAGCACCGCGUUUGGGAUGCUGUCCGUGAGAGGGAAAUCGAAGGAGGAAGAUGAAGAAUGUUGCGAGUUAUGGAACUCCUUUCACGAUCACGAUUCUCACGUUGUUUAGAAGUAUAUUAUAAUUAUAGAGAUGUAUGUGUAGUCCUCUUAAGUGGAACCACGAACAUUUGGUAACUGUACAAUUCUUUGUUUUCCCGCCCAUUUUCUUCCCCUUUAUUGUAAUUUUGUCGUAGAGCUCAGCAAUUGUAGAGUACCUUUCAUGGUGUUUUAUUUACUCAACUAUGUUUGGAUACAUUUACUGUUUUAUCCAUUAUUGAAUUAAAUUUUACAUUUGUAUUA